CUUCCAGUGAGCUGCACGCGAGGUGGAUUAUGCGCGCGUUUCGUGUCCGCGAUUAAGCACGAUCGAAGAAUCGCGCGUGUUCCACCGAAACAAUAACUUCCGGUGUAUUUUUUCGAUACGCUAAAUCACGAAACGUUAUACUUGUCGAUGAGACGCCGGUCUUGUCCAGAAACCGUGCUGGGUCAAACACGGAAGACGGGCGGCGAAAAACACGGUCGAGCGAUCUAAGAAUGGCAUAAAGAAUCAAUCGAUCGGCAGCAUGUGCUAUGUGAUAGUCACUGGACGCAGUCUGUUAUGGACGCUCUUAUCUCUGGCAGCGUUGAUGGCAGUUUUAUCAGGCCUCAUCACUCCCAGAUGGCUUGUAGGACCACCGACCAUUAAGGAUACAAAAAACGGCACGGAACUAUAUACACCAACCGUCGGGAUCUUCAAUCGUUGCACGAGAUUAUUCGGCAAGACGCACUGCGCGAAUUUCAACAUCGACGGCUUUGCGACGGACUCCAACGUCUUCCCGGGAUGCUGGAAGGCGUCCCUGUUUUUCCUGUCCGCGGGCCUGGCGGCGAUGUCGGUGACCGUGAUAGCCGCCCUGCUCGGAUGCUGCGUGCAGAGCAUCGGCCGCAAGAGCAUCUUCAAUCUGGCGGGAGUGGCGCAAGCCGUUGCCGGAAUACUGUAUCUUUUUGGGAUGAUUCUGUAUCCUGCCGGUUGGGGUGCUGAGAGAGUACAGAGGAUCUGCGGUCCUGAAGCCGAUGCCUUCUAUCUCGCAAACUGUAGUCUUGGUUGGGCGUUUUAUAGCGCGGCGAUCGGUGUCGCUCUCACCUUCGUCUGCGCCGCUUUUAGCGGACAAGCGGAGAAGUCGACGGCCAGUGACAAGGUCCAGGAUAAAAUGAACGAAGGAAAGACCCUAAUAUGCUUAGCCUGAGCAUGCAAAUAAAAUCAGCGAGGGGUCUGGCCUCGCCAUGUAAUGGGUGCUACGGUGUGAAGCGUUGAAAUGGGAUACUAGAAGAAAACCAGUGCAACCAGAAAUAUUCACCUCGUUGUGUUCAUCGCGCAGCAGAACGGAGACGAAAGUUUUAUCGUGGUUGAAAUUGUUGCACGAAUAAUUUAAUUAUGGGUUUGCGAGGGAAAUGGACAUUAUUGCUGAAUGUCAUACGCGACGUAUUGUACGCAUGAAGAUCAAGUAUCGGAUGUACCGUCUUCCCACACUUACUGCCGCAAUUUAUACUGACGCCUACGAUGCCCUGCAGAGAAUUCCUAUUUUAUAUCUUAUACAUGUUUUUAUAUGUUAAAGAAAAAUAUAAAAUAAAAUGUGGAUGUUUUUUUAUUCACUCGAUGUGAAUAAAGGUGAAUGUAUUCUACUGUCGCAACGAAAGAAUAUAUCUAAUGAUUUCUCAACAUUUGUUAGCUCUAUUAAUUUUUCACGCUGUUUCCAGGCACACCUGAUUGAUAAAUAUAUAUAAUGGAAUUUAUUCAUUUUAUUCUCAACAAAUUUCGUGAAAUUCGGUCGAAUGGUAUAACUUAAAUAGGUAUAUGUAUAUGAAAUUAUCGGCUGUCAGCCGAUUAUGUACACACAUAUAAAUAAUGAAGGCACCAAGGGAAUCAACAAUCAAUAAAUUAUCCGGGAAUUUGUAUGAAAAUUUCGAAUAAGACGAGUGUAAUUGGUAAUUAUAAUAAGAAAUGUAACAUUAUAACAAAAUCGCGAUUACAGUUCGUGUGUGACGACGCGCGUGUGAUUAUUUACUUAGAGUAUGAGUGUUAUUUGGUUGAUGACUUGCCGUUAGAACCGCUGACCAUUGAUCGGACGCCGAGGAGUAACGCUAUCGUACAACUACGCGAAGAAAAGUGUAUCGUAUCAUGACGAGAGAUACUCUUGUCGCAGGAAUGUCAAAUUCGGCGGAUGUGACACGUACGUCGAUCACAGUCGGAUUCUCGUCGCAGAGAUACGUCACGAUAAUGAGGAUAUUAUCAGCAUCUGCCACACAUUCGCAUCCGAUAUACGUCUCUCUCCCUCUCUUUUUUUUUCUCGACAAACGUUUCGAGUUAUGUGCAAUAUUCCAUGAUUUAUCAAAUAUAAUCAUCUUACAAAGAAUCAAAAAGUA